AUGGCAUCGGAGGACGUGGUGGGGAAGAGCAGGGGCGACACGGCCGUCAACACCAUCGUCAACCUGGCCGAGGAGGCCAAGCUCGCGCGCGAGGGCGUCAAGGGCCCCGGCCACCAGGUCCUCACCGUCUGCAAGUCCCUCUUCGCCGGAGGCGUCGCCGGUGGCCUAUCGAGGACUGCUGUUGCUCCGCUUGAGCGAUUGAAGAUCCUGCUUCAGGUUCAAAAUCCUCACAGUAUCAAGUACAAUGGUACCGUUCAAGGGCUUAAGUAUAUAUGGAGAACAGAAGGCCUUCGUGGACUGUUUAAGGGCAAUGGAACUAACUGUGCAAGGAUUGUCCCAAACUCUGCUGUGAAAUUCUUCAGCUAUGAGCAAGCAUCAAGGGGUAUUUUGUAUCUGUACCGGCAACAGACUGGGGAUGAGAAUGCUCAGCUUAGUCCAAUCUUGCGCCUUGGAGCCGGAGCCACAGCUGGUAUCAUAGCCAUGUCUGCCACUUAUCCCAUGGAUAUGGUUAGGGGUAGGAUUACUGUUCAGACAGAGAAGUCUCCCUACCAGUACCGUGGUAUGUUUCAUGCAUUGGGCACAGUGUACCGUGAAGAAGGCUUCCGUGCUUUAUACAGAGGCUGGCUUCCAUCAGUGAUUGGAGUUGUCCCUUAUGUUGGCCUUAACUUUGCUGUGUACGAGUCUCUGAAGGACUGGCUCCUCCAGUCAAAUGCAUUCGAUCUUGCAAAGGACAAUGAGCUGCACGUAGUAACAAGGCUUGGAUGCGGAGCUGUGGCUGGAACCAUAGGCCAGACUGUGGCAUACCCUCUUGAUGUUGUCAGGAGAAGGAUGCAGAUGGUCGGCUGGAGUCACGCUGCUUCUAUUGUUACUGGAGAAGGCAAAGAGGCACUCCAGUACAAUGGUAUGAUUGAUGCAUUCAGGAAAACUGUCCGCCACGAAGGAUUUGGUGCUCUGUACAAGGGUCUUGUGCCCAACUCGGUGAAGGUGGUGCCUUCCAUCGCCAUCGCGUUUGUCACGUAUGAGGCUGUGAAGGAUGUUCUAGGAGUAGAGAUGAGGAUAGACUGA